AUCGCCCAUCGCCCAUCGCCCAUCGCCCAUCGCCCAUCGCCCAUCGCACGGCCAUCCGCAUCGGUCGCCUUCUGCACCGGCCAUCCGCACGAUCGCCACCUGCUUCCGUCGGCACCAGGCAAGGCACCCGCAUCUCCGUCUUCCCGCAGGCCCAUCGGCUCCGGCUCCGGCUCCACUCCUCCUGCAAGCGCCCCCAAGCCCAUCGCAAUCGGACGUCGUCAUCGCGAUUCAACGCUCUCCAUCUCAACGAGCUCUCCCGGAUCGAGCACGCCAAGCGCACCCAGCUUCCUCUUCAAGCCUGUCCUGCUCGUCGACAACCGCCAGUCCGAAUCCACGGCACAGCUACGGCACGCCUCCGAGACCCAUAUCCGGCUCGCCACCUGCAGACCGCUUCCCUCUCGCCACCCCCCGCUGCUCGCCCCAUCUGCAAUCAUGAUGACCCAGACAAACUCAAUCCAGCCGCAUGGCCAGCAUAACCCGCACAGCCAGCGCAAUCAACACAGCACGCACACCCGCCCCGCGCACCGCCAGGAUCAAGAGCCCCGCCAGGAACUCUGCUGCAAACUCGCCUCGGAUCUCGCCGUCCUCGUCGACAAUUCAUCGGCCUUUGCAGAUGUGCAUUUUAUCGUCGAAAACGGCACCAAGACGGUCUAUGCGCAUGCUUGCAUCUUGGCUGCACGCUCGCCCUAUUUCGCGUCCUGCUUCACACAGUAUCUCGGUGGCGGCGCCGAUGAAAAGACCGGUUCCAGCCCGGUCCUCAACCGCUUGCGGCCCAUCCAAGUCGAGUUGCCCAAUCUCACACAGCGCCAUGUACAGGCAUACAUGUACUACCUCUACACGGGCUCCUACCAGACCGACCUGCCGCCAAAAGAAAUCCUGCCCUUCCUCCAGGUCAUCGACGAGUUCCAGGACGACGACCUAAGCGCCGUCUUUGCCGAUCUCAAGGCCGACCAUUUGCUGCUCUCCGACUGCCUCGAGACUCUGGAUCUGGCCGCCUCCAAGUUCGAGACGUCCGAGGUGUACCAGACGCUUACCUCGCGAUGCAUCGACUUUGUCCUGUCGCCAAAAAACGGCGACCUGGCCUGGCGAUUCAUCGAGUUCGACCUCGGCGAGGAGGCCAUCCUGUAUCUCUUCGAUUCCGACGACCUCGAGUUUGACGAACUGGUCAUCUGGGACCUGAUGCUCAAGCGCGCCUGGAUCAUGGCAAAGGGCGCAGAACGGCCCCUAUCGCAGCUCAAGUCUUUUGCUUCACUGGCCGAACUACCGCCGCUGUCCAUCGGCCUGCCAAAGUCGAUAAGGAUCCACGACCUCGAGCGGCUUUCGACCGAGGAGCAGGGGUUGUUCACGUCCUUCCUCUAUCGGCUGUUCCCGACCUUCCGCUUCCCGCUGUUAAGCUCGGACCAAAUCACGGACCAUAUUCUGAUGUAUCGGCGUUUUCUAGAUCCCUCCCUCGUCGAACAUCUGACCGACUAUCUGCACGAUCCCACGAUCAUUGCCGAGACCGACCCGCGGCUCUCGCCCAGGGCCCAGUAUGUCAGUCCCAAGAGCGAGAUCAUCUCGCGCACCGUCGAAAAGAAGCUGCUGGAAUCGUAUCUGCCCGCACACAAUCUGGUGCUGCUCUAUCGGGCCUCCCGCGACGGAUUCGAGGCCGCUCGGUUCCAUCAGCUCUGUGACAAUAAGGGCCCGACCCUGUGUGUUGUCAAGUCGACUACCGGCGAGAUUGGCGGCGGGUACACCGAGAUCGGCUGGAAGUCCAACAACCCCUCGCAGCUGGGCCAGGCUUCAGAGACGGCCGAGAAAAUGGACCCGAAUGCCUUUUUGUUUUCUGUUCGCGAGACCAAGCCCCCGAACCUGGACCGCUCGUUCUCGUCCACGUCGUCCACGACACUGAACGAGGAGGCCGAGCACACUCAUUCGUCGGUCUCUCCAGGACUGACCGCCGAGAUCAGGAGAUAUCCGGUCCAGGGCAUAUUCUCCAACCACAGCGUUGUGCACGAUGCCGGCUUUGGCCCCUGCUUUGGCGACGAUCUGAUUAUCAGCGACAACUGUGGCUCCAACAGCCGAUCCGAGUGCAUCGACGAUGCAUAUGAGAAGCACGGCCCAAUCAUGGGCACACGGUACCCUGGUGGCCAUUUCAGAGUCGCCGACUACGAAGUCUUCCAGGUGACCAAAGCCUAACGCCUGCUUCUGCGACGCCAGCGCCAUCCUUCUCAAUUCCCAGCUCCCACCUGUGCGCAUCAUCAUACAGUAAUAGCCGUAUCGGAGCUUGGCGUCCUAGACCAGAUUGCAUGUUCCUCGCGCUGUCUCUCCUGUCCAUACCAACUCACUCUGGACUGCUGCGCCUGGACGGGCAAUAAACCUAUUUAUGAAUA